AUGAAGUUAAACACGUUUUUUUUUUGAGAGAGGAAAUAUUAUUUGUUUAUUAUGUUUCUAUAUUUCAGAUUUCAUUCAUUAUUAUAAAGUUUUUGUUUUUAAUUAAUAUUUAAAAUACUAAGUUAAACCUGAUUAACUUAAUACACAUUUUUAAGCUUAAAUUUGUAAUGAAGUGUCAUAUUUGCGAAAUUAAUGAAUCCAAAUAUAGAUGUCCAAAAUGCAGAAACGUCAAGUAUUGUUCUGUUGCAUGUUACCAAAAUCAUCUAUCAGGUGAUUGUACAAAAAGCAACCAAGAUGCAUCGGUUGAAAUGUUGAAAAAUGUACAGCUGUAUCCAACUGAAGACACAAUCCCAUCCGAAAAAUUAAAUUUACUUUGUUAUGACAAUCGCCUAAAAGAAUUAAUUUCUGAUUCUUUUUUACAACAACUAUUGGAAAAAAUAGAUAACAGUACUAAUCCUAAUGAAGAAUUGGAAAAAGCUAUGAUUGAACCUAUAUUUGAAGAAUUUGCUAGAAGAUGUUUGGAAAUUGUAAGGGAUGAAAAUGUAAAUUGAAGUUUUUAACUUAAAUUAUCAAUAAAUCAUUGGAAAAUUAUAAUAACUGAAAUGUUAAUAGUUUUAAGAACAUAUUUUGUUUACUUAAUUAAUAAUUUUACUUAUAAGAUCACAAAGAAAAAAUUGACUGAAAACUGUAAUUAUUAUAAUAGUGUAUAAGAUAGAAUUUUUAAAUGUAA